GCCGUCAAGAAUAACCGUGGGACGGUUAUGGGGCGCGGCUUUUGAGAAAUGCGAGAAAUACAAAAGUAAUUCAGUUGGCUUCUUGGUGUGAGGUGUUUCUCACUCUUCUCACACUACUUGAGUACUGCUUCAUUCUGUUGCACUCUAGACAACAGGCUUCUACUUGGGAUAAACCUCUAUACAGCUGAGCUAUAUUGAUCUGACUGUGUGGUUGACUACUGUCAAAGACGUCAAGAUGUCAAACAACGUCAAGGACAUGCACAUCUGCAUUGCCGGCUCAGGCAUGGGCGGCCUUGCAUGCGCCCUCUCCCUAGCCCGUCAAGGCUUCACCAAAAUCUCCGUCUACGAAUACGCCUCCUCCCUCGGUUUUGUCGGCGCCGGUAUCCAACUUGCACCAAACAUGGCACGCAUCCUCGACCGCCUAAACGUCUGGUCACCCAUCCAAGCCGAAGCUGUAGACCUCAAGGACACUUCCAUCCGUCAAGGCUCUUCAGAUGCCGAACUCGCGAAUGUAAAGCUGGACUAUGUGAAACAGACUUAUGGAUACCCGCACAUGGUUGGCCAUCGCUCUUCUCUGGCUGGGGAAAUGUACAAAGGCUGUAAAGAAGAGGAAGCGAGUAUAAAGUUCUACUUUUCGCAUGCUGUGCAGAAAGUCGAUGCUUGGACGCCGAAAGUCAGUUUUCAAGUCAAGCCGAGGGAUGCAGAGGCUUUUGAUGUAGAAUGCGACAUUCUUCUCGCUGCUGAUGGUGUAAAAUCAAACAUUCGCGAUCAAAUGCUGGAGCUUUUGAAUAUCGACGCCAAAGUCGUGGAUUCGGGACAAGCAGCUUAUCGCAUCAUGCUAAAGAGAGAAGACAUGGAACACGACCCCGAGUUGCUCGAACUCAUCGACUGCGAGAGAGCAACACGCUGGAUUGGAGAACGCAGACACAUCAUCGCCUACCCAGUCUCCAACAAUACAAUCUACAACCUCAGCACCGCACAACCAGAUGCAAACUUUGCAGCAGCACCUUCAGCCACUUACACGACAAAGGGAAGCAAAAAGGAAAUGUUGGAGGUGUACUCUGAUUUCUGCCCCAAAGUGCAAAAGAUGCUUAAUAUGGUGCCGGAAGGCGAGGUUUGUGAGUGGAAGUUGAGGGUACAUGCUCCUCUGCCUACAUGGGUGCAUGGGAAUAUGGCGUUGGUGGGUGAUGCUUGUCACCCUACGCUUCCUCACCUCGCACAAGGAGCCGCUCAAGCGAUCGAGGACGGUGCAGUGCUAGGUGUUGUGUUGAGCAAACUCCCUGAUACGAGUGCGGAGAGCAUCAACAAGGCACUCAAAGUUUACCAGGAACUGAGGAAAGCGAGAGCGGAGGGCUUAGUGGCUUUGGCUGCGGCGAAUGGAAGAGAGAUGCAUCUUGGUGACGGUGCUGCCAAAGAGGCGAGGGAUGCGGCAUUCAAGGCAAUCAGGGAGGGGAGAGAGGGUGCCAAGGUGCCGGAUAGAUGGGCCGAUGCUGAUGUGCAGAAGAUGAUCUACGGCUAUGACUGUUGGUCGGAUGCUGAGGUGCAGUUUGAUGCUCUAUUUGCCGCUGCUUGAGGAAUUUAGUAUACGUUCGUAGGCAUGCAAAUAGCACGAUACUGCAAGACAUGUCACUGCAGUUUAAUAAAGGUAGUGCACCGACAUCAGUG